AUGGUGGACUUAUCAAAGUUUUUCAUCCAAUAUUAUCUCUGGGGCAUAACGACUAUGUGUUUCUUCAAUAAUUCAUGCCUCUCUCUCGUAUAUCUGGCUCGACAAGCAAAUCUCUCAAAUUUGCUAAAACUCUUGUUUAACCUUUCUGGUCUUGGAAAAUUAUUACUCUCAAUCAUCAAUUCACUGUCACCAGCAACCGUCGAGACAACUUGUUUGAUGGAAGGAUAUAUGACCAAUUUUGUUAAUUCCACUUUUAGGUCAACCUUGAGCGCUUUUUUAUUGUGGCGAGUGAGAGUGAUUGGAGGUGAAGAAAAGGACUUGUUUAUUGGGUUGACCCUUUGGAUGCCAAGCGCUGUUCUAAUGCUCGCACGAACUUUUAUCAUCAGAUAUGAUUCGACGUAUAUUCCUGCAAUCGCAAGCUACAUCUGUUACGGAACAACACCACACAUAACAGUAAUUUUCCAAUGGAUAUUCGUUGCAUUUGAUUUCGCCAUUGAUAUUUUCGUCACCAUACGACUAUGCCAAAUCCUUGACAAAGCGAAUAAGAAUACACAACACGUGACACAAAACAUGCGGAAACCAUUCAAACGAACAUUAUUCACCUCAGUCAAGUACUGGAAUUUUAUUCGCCUGUUUCUCGCAAUCUUUUAUCAUGUCAUGUCGACGGUUCAAGCGACAAUUGGUUAUACUCAGAUUGACCAACUUACCAUGACGUAUAUAUUCACUUUUAUUUUCUUGGCCUUGUCGUUUAUUAUUACGACUGACGCAGAGAUUGUGAGAGCAAUCGAGGGACGAAAAACACCUACUCGUAAACAAGAAACGAACAAAGACGAGAACCAACUACGUUUUAGCAACAGUACUUGUAAGUGCAGUAAUCAACAUUCGAGUCUCUCGACCAAAACUUCGUCAUCGCAAAGCAAUGAUUACAUAAAUGAAAAUCAAAAAAAUCCGCAAGUUGACAUUCAGAUUAUAGAUUGA